UUCGGAUUUAAAGGCUACAGAUGUGUUGAAUUAUUACUUUGACAAGUGUGCUUUGGUCGAUGUAACCUUUUCUUUAUUUGGUUCAUUUUCCAUACUUUUCAACAAAGCAGAAGGUUAUUGCGGCUAGCAAUAAAAAAAAGGCGUCCAAUAAGUGAACAAGAUAAAUCAGAAAUAGCAAGAAACCAGGAUGUUUGACGUAUUUGGCUCGGUGAAGAGCUUUAUAGAGCUCGAUAAGAUUGACACUGACAACAUUGUAUUCAAGUUGCACUACAAAGCAACAUUUGUCAUUCUAUUGGCCUUUUCGAUACUGGUCACCUCGAAACAGUACUUCGGUGACCCCAUCGACUGCAUAGUCGAUGAAAUUCCAUCGGACGUCAUGGACACGUACUGCUGGAUCCACUCCACCUUCACGGUGAGACAUCUCCAUGGAAUCCCCGGCAGGAAUGUGGUCUCCGAAGGUGUAGGACCAGCUGAAAUUGACUCCCAAGCCGAUUACCACAAGUACUACCAGUGGGUGUGCUUCGUUCUCUUUUUCCAAGCCAUCCUAUUCUAUGUCCCGCGUUACUUGUGGCAGAUGAUGGAGGGUGGCAAACUCAAGAUGCUCGUGCUCGACAUGAACUUACCGGACAUGAACUUACCGGACAUGACCGACAACGCCAAGGCCAGCAACAGAAAGAUCCUCGUCGACUAUUUCAUUACGAACCUCAAUAACCAUAACUUUUACGCGUUUCGCUUCUUCUUAUGCGAACUUCUGAACUUUAUCAAUGUUUUCCUGCAGAUGCACGUGGUCGACCGUUUUCUGGAUGGUGGGUUCAAAGCGUAUGGCUCGGUAGCCCUAGAUAAUUGGGACGUUAAGGACGAAGUGUUCCCAAAACUGACCAAGUGCACUUUCCACAAAUACGGCCCCAGCGGUAGUGGAGAAACUUUCGACGGUCUCUGCGUACUCCCGCUGAACAUCGUCAACGAGAAGAUCUAUGUGUUCCUUUGGUUCUGGUUCUGGUUCUUGGUUGUCGUAAAUGGCUUGAAUUUGAUGUAUCGCGUGUGCAUGAUUGUCGUGAUUCAAUUUCGCGUACUCCUCCUGCGAGCGCGUUCAAGGCUCAACAAUAGAAAGGAAAUCGAGAAGAUCAACUGUAAAUGUCAGAUCGGCGACUGGUUCAUGCUUUACCAACUCGGCAGAAACAUUGAUCCGCUUAUCUACAAGCAGGUGAUUACUGAUUUAGCGGUCAGGCUUUAUGUUACGGAAAGAGUCUAGAAUAUAUAACUAGAGUG